UGACGUCAGGCGCAGCGCGGGCAGCGGCACGCGGAGCGGGUGGAGUUGAGGGAGAUCAUGGUGCUUAAAGGUAAAAACUUAUCUGGGAAAGGUAGAAGUGCCCCACCUGGAAAGAGCAAAGUUAAAAAGUUUGACAGAUCUAAGAAUGUUGCAUCAGGUGAAGCUGGGAAAGACAAUUCAAAGUUCAAAUCUCAAAAGUUUGAGAAGGCAGCAAAGUAUCAUGCCAAGACAUUGGCAAAUGCAACUGGAAAAGUGAAAAAAAUUAAGGGAGAACGGCAAACUGGAAAAAAGAGGAAGCAAUUGGGUGGAAAUGAAGAGGGAACCGUUGGAAAGAAACCUAAAUGGGAUGAUUUCAAAAAACAAAAGAAAGAACUAAAAGUGAACAGACAACAGGACAAGAAAACUAAUUAUGAUUUAAUAAUUCGAUCAAAGCAGAUCUGGGAAAGUGUAAGAAGAAAAGACUGCAGUAAAGAGAAGAAAGCAGAACUUAUGAAAGAAUUGCAGAAUCUAGUCCAUGGAAAUAUUAAAAAUAUUGCAUUUGCACAUGAUUCUGCCCGAGUAAUCCAGUGUUAUAUUCAGUUUGGUGAUGAAGAACAAAGGCAAGAGGCGUUUGAGGAAUUGAAAGAGCAUUUGGUUGACUUGAGUAAAUCCAAGUAUGGAAGGCAUAUUGUGAAAAAAAUUCUAAUGUAUGGAAAUAAGCAACAAGUAGCUGAAGUAAUUAAAAGUUUCAAAGGUGAAGUGAAAAGGUUACUGCGGCAUUCGGAGGCAUCAGCGAUUGUGGAAUAUGCAUAUAAUGACAAAGCAAUAUUAGAACAGAGGAAUAUGUUAACUGAAGAGCUAUAUGGAAAUGCAUUCAUGAUUUGCAAGUCAUCUUUUUGUCCAACAUUGGAUAAAGUUCUCGAGUCUAAUCCUGACAAGCGAGAAGGAAUAAUGGAAGAAAUGAAAAAGAUCCUCACACCUAUGGCACAAAAAGAGGCGGUAAUAAAGCACACACUGGUACAUAAAGCAUUUUUGGACUUCUUCACAUACUGCCCUGAUAAAAUGAGAAUGGAAAUGAUUGAAUCGAUGAGAGAAGCAGUCAUCUACAUGGCACAUACGCAUGAUGGGAGCAGAGUAGCCAUGCAAUGUUUAUGGCAUGGAACGCCCAAAGAUAGAAAAGUUAUUGUGAAAACAAUGAAGACCUACAUUGAGAAGAUUGCCACUGGUGAAUUUUCACAUUUGGUUCUCGCAGCAGCAUUUGACUGCAUAGAUGACACGAAACUUGUCAAACAGAUAAUACUGUCGGAGAUCAUCAGUUCCUUGCCAAAUUUAAUCAACAAUAAAUAUGGCAAGAAGGUAUUGCUUUAUCUACUAAGCCCGAGGGACCCUGCACAUAGUGUGCCGGAAAUUAUUAAGCUUCUACAACAAGGUGAUGGCAAUGCUCACAGUAAGAAAGAUACAGACAUUCGUCAUCGUGAAUUGCUAGAAGCCAUCUCGCCGCAUUUGCUGAAGUAUUUGCAGGAAAAUGCACGUGAAAUGGUGAUGAAUAAAGCAACGAGCGUCAUUGUGGUAGAUAUUCUUGGCUGUGCCAUUGGUGAUGUGCAGCCUUCCAUGAAUGCUAUAGCUAAUAUUGCUGCAGAGACUUUUGAACCUGGAGGCAAAAAUGGUGAGCCCCACAUGGCAGAGCAUCCAGCAGGCCACCUCGUCCUUAAAUGGCUAAUAGAGCAAGAUGUAAAGAUGAAAGACCUUGGAAAAACAGAAUGCUUUGCAAGAACAUUAGUGGAGCGUGUAGGCAUUAAGAAUCUGCAGACCUGGGCACAAGUAAACCGUGGAGCUAUUGUACUUUGCAGUCUUCUUCAAAGUAACAGUGAGGAUGUAGCCCUUGAAGUGAAAAAAGGUUUAAAGAGCCUCAUUCCCAAGUUUAAGAAGAUGAAAAAUGUGAAAGGCGUGGAAAUAUUGUUAGAAAAAUUGACUGCAGGCAAUGUAAAACCCUGAGUAAAAGCAGCUCAGAAUGAAUUUGUAAAACUUAGACAAAAACUAAUUGACUGUUUAUUAAUAUAAAUUUUUGUAUAUUGGAAAGGGAAUAGCUAUUUUCUUCAAAAUGUUUGUUGUGUUAGACAAACUAUUCUAUGAGGCUCUACAUUUCGCUAAAUGGUGUCUUCAAGAGGGAAUCUUGGAAAUGGCAUGAGAUACAAUUGUACCUCGGUGAACCAGCAUCUUAAGUGGUUUUUGGAACAAUGAAACUUCUCCUGUCUUCUUGAAGUUGCAGUACAUUACAGAUUAUAAUUUAUAGAUAAGUGAAUUAAGGCAAAUAAUGCUGAAUUUUGUGAUUAAUCAUUUCUUUUAAAUAAACUAUUUGGGAAGACCAGAUGCUGCCAAAGUAGACAGCUACCAACUUUUAUUAUUGCCCAUUAUAUAAAUCAUGUUUGUAAAAGUUUUACCUAUUCUAUUUUAUAAUUGGAUGCUGUAUUCUUAUGUAAUAAAUGUAAAAUGUUCCAUUUAUUUAUGUAAAAAAAAUCAUUCUUCUGGUUUCUAAUUGUACACAAUAACAUAUUUGGCACUUCACUUUACUUUUGUUUGUUAAAUGACAUAUGGUUCUCCAUAUGUACUCUCAAGUGAACUGAAUAAGUACCCGAUAUUUACAAAAGGAAAGUUGAAUAUCUUUGUCCCUGACAAAACUGAAUAGCAAAGGAACAUCAAUCCACAUUUGUUGUUUGCAGUUGCACAAGCUUUCACACAAACCACUUGUGAAAGGGAAUGCAUUAUUUUAUUUAGACUUGUGUAUUAUAUUUUGGAUAUUUUAACUUGUAUACCCUUAAGGUCAUGAUACCAAAAAACAUUGACUGCUUUUCUUUCCACUGGAUGCCUGUCUGAGCAGUGGAGUGUUUAUUGACUGCUAGAAAUUACUGCAUAGUGCAGUUAGGUAGCAAAAGGGGAGUUGAGAGAGAAUAAAGUGCAGAACAACAAGUGGAAAAAGUGAAGGGGAAUAGGACUGAUAGGAUUGCUCUUUCUGGGAGCCAGCAUGGAUGACUGGCCUAUUUUGCACUGUGACUGCCACUUAGUUCUAGACUUCUCAGCCAGGGGUGACAUCUCGCAGAGGCAGAGUUUAUACUGCACAGAAAACUGGCCAUUCAGCCCACACUCAUCUCCUGGCACAUAGCCCAUACCCUUCUAUGCCUUAGCAAUUCAGAUGUUCAGCUAGAGACUUCUUAAAUGCCAUCAGUGACCCCGCUUCCCCCACUUUCUCAGGCAGUGCAUUCCAGGUACUCUUCACUCUUUGGGUGAAGAAAGUCCUCCUCAUAUCCCCUGUGAAUCUCUUCCCCCCCCUUUAUCCUAAAUCUACGCCCUCUGGUUUUAGCUACCUCUGAUAUGGAAGAAUGUUACCUGAAGUCUAUCCUAUCUAUAGCCCUCAUAAAUUUUAUUAUACAGUGCUAAUAAAGCACUGUAUCAGACUUGAAGCUACAAUGAAAUCUCUCACUCUUCUACACUCCAGAAAAUAUAGGCCUUGCCCGUUCAAUCUCUCCUUACAACAAACCCAUAAUCUGCGGAACAAAUUUAAUGAAUAUUUUCUGUAGUCCUUCUAGUCAAGUAUAUAUUUUUUAAGAUAAGGAGACCAAAAUUGGACACACCACUCUACAUGUGGUCUCACUAAGGCCCAAUAUAGCUCCAAGAAGACUUCAAGUUCUGUACUUAAAUCCUCUUGCAAUAAAAGCCAACAUACUAUUUGCUUAGUUUGCAUGUUUAAUAUCAGUGACUUGUGUAUAAGAAUAUCUUGGUCCCUUUGAACACCAAUAUUAACCAGUCUGCAUCAUUUAAAAAAUACUGUCUUGUGCAUUAAAUUUGAUGACCUCACAUUUGUUACUAAUUUCCUUCAGUUUCUAAAUCUCACUGGCCCCUUGCUUCUUUAACAUUAAACAUGCAGGUAUGUGUUUAAUUUCUCUGUUCUCCCAUUUCUGGUGUUUGUAAAUGUUUUUUUCUGGAAAAUGGAAUGUGUAGUACACAAAAAUACACCAAGGAGAUGAAUAAAUUGGAUGCAUCCC